UUCGGUCUGUUUUCAGUAGUCGGAGAGGAAGAAAAAUGGCGGCUGCGACCGAUCAGAAGCGGGACGCCAGCCAUUCGUUUUGAGCUUUCUCACGUAAACCGAGACCGGGGCUUUACGGGACUACUUCUUUGGAAUCUACGCAAAUCAAGCUUUCUGGCGGUACCCGUUUUUCUUGUUUCUGUGAAGGCUAAAUAAACGCAGAAAUUGAAAUUGAAAAUAAUAGCUUUUAUAUAUAAUGAGGGGGAAAAGAGGCAGGCCGCCCAAAACCCUGCGGAUGCAGGAGCCUUCAUCCGAGCCGGAGCGUGGCUUGAGACCCAGGAGGGAGUUGAGGGCAAAGGGGAGAGGUAGUGCCGAGGUCGAUUUUGAGAGUCCCAAGAGGGGAAAUAACUCUUCAUCUAGGGGCAGGAGGAAAGUGGGAUCAUCUCGCGGUAGGGGAAGAGGCAGAGGUUGUGGUGGCAGAGGUACUAGGGGCAGACGGUCAAUCGCUAGAUCUGUGGUUUAUGAUGAUCAUGAAAGUGAUGAAGAUGAUGAUGCUGUGAGUUUGAGAUCUGAGGAGGACGAGUUGAUAGAGGAAGAGACGAUAACAGACGAGGAAGAAGAGGCCCUCAACGUGGAGUCAGACCCGCUUGAGGAAAUACUCGAGGAGGAUGAUGAUGAUGCCAGCUACUGUACUGAAAGCAGCUUUCUGAGUCAGAGCACUCAUGGCAGCACUCCGGGGCGGAAGAGGACGCGGGUGCACUGCCCUCGCUCGCCCAUCUUUGAGGAAAAGGAGAUCCCUCCUCUGGAGCUGCCCAGAACCUCUGAGGACCUCAUGGUGCCCAGCGAGGAACUGCUCAACGUGUCCUCCAUCUACGAGGUCCUGCGCAACUUCAGCACGGUGCUGCGGCUCUCUCCCUUCCGCUUUGAGGACUUCUGUGCUGCGCUGGUAGGCCAGGAGCAGUGCACACUGAUGGCAGAGACCCACACAGCUCUGCUGAAGGCCAUCCUGCGUGAGGAGGACACCUCCAACACCACGUUCGGUCCUGCUGACCUCAAGGACAGCGUCAACUCCACCCUCUACUUCAUUGAUGGUAUGACGUGGCCCGAGGUGGUCCGUGCCUACUGCGAGAGCGACCAGGAGUACCACCAUGUCCUGCCCUACCAGGAGGUGGAGGACUACCCCUACGGCCCUCUGGACAGUAAGAUCAAGGUGCUGCAGUUCUUGGUGGAUCAGUUCCUCACCACCAACAUCGCCCGCGAGGAGUUGAUGUCAGAGGGGGUGGUGCAGUAUGAUGACCACUGCAGGGUGUGCCACAGGUUGGGGGACCUGUUGUGCUGUGAGACCUGCUCUGCCGUCUACCACCUGGAGUGUGUGAAGCCGCCGCUGGUAGAGGUGCCGGAGGACGAAUGGCAGUGUGAGAUCUGCGUGGCACACAAGGUGCCCGGGGUCACAGACUGUGUGACAGAGAUGCAGAAGAGCAAACCCUACAUCCGCCAGGAGCCCAUCGGCUACGACCGCCACCGGAGGCAAUACUGGUUCCUAAACCGGAGGAUAAUUGUUGAGGAGGACGGGGAGCAUGAGAAGAAGAAGAUCUGGUACUACAGCACAAAGGUCCAGCUGGGAGAGCUCAUAGAGUGUCUAGACAAGGAGUACUGGGAAAACGACCUGUGUGCCGUCCUCGAGGAGAUGAGCGAGGAGGUGCACACUCACAUGGACAUCACUGAGGACCUCACCAACAAGGCCCGCGGCAACAACAAGGCCUUCCUCACGGCAGCCAACGAUGAGAUCCUGGAACGUGUGCAGGGCAGGCAGGAACGGCGAGCAGUGGAGCAGGCAGAGAAGGCCCCUACAGACACCACCAAGAUAGAGGAAGAGACACCCACACACUGCUCUCCACUACCAGACCACAGAGAGCUCCAAGACCCUGAGUCUAAAGAGGAGGCAAGCUCACAAGCAGCUGCAGCUCCCCCUGCUGGAGAGGAGAACACCACCGUCCACCCCCCUAAGUCUGCCUCGUCCACCCAGGACGGCACUCUCCCUAAACCUGAACCCCCUAAGCCUGCUGAGGUGUCCUGUCCGGCUGCCUCUGAGAGCAGGGAGAGUGGGGAGGCCUCCAUGGAGCCUGAGCAGGAGAGGCCAGAUGAUAAGCCUGUAGACUCAGAGUCCCAUGGAGAGGAGGACCCCUCUGCCCAGUGCCAGCCUACUCCCCCACCACCACACCCUGGAGACGAGAACAGCAACAGCAGCCACGUCUCAGCGCCUGGGGUCCUCAGGAGGCCUGAAGAGCCAAACCUCGCUGACAGGUCCUCUCAGUCCUCCAUCACCAGCCAGGACGACACGGGUGAAGGCAAGGAGAGUGUGAAUGGGGAGGGGUCAGCGUCUGGACGGACUAACAAUCGCAUUGUGACUCGUCUGCGUAACCCCGACAGCAAGCUGAGCCAGCAAAAGACCCAGGGAGAUGGCAGCCCUACACCCAGGGACAGCAAGGAGACAUCUCCUCCCAGCUCUGAGAGUGAAGUGGCUCGUCUGGGUACUGUGAGGAAAGAAUUGACGGUGAAGGGCAACCUGAACAACUUCUUCAAGCUGGGCCAGGAGGGCAAGUUCCGAGUCUACCACAACCAGUUCAGCACCAACACACUGGGCCUCAACAAGCACCAGCAUCGUGAGGACCACGACAAGCGCCGCCACCUGUCCCAUAAGUUCAGCCUAACCCCCGCCGGGGAUUUCAAGUGGAACGGCUCCAUCCACGGCUCCAAGGUGUUGACCAUCUCCACCCUGCGGCUCACCAUCAUCCAGCUGGAGACCAAUGUCCCCGCCCCCUUCCUGCACCCAAACUGGGCCUCGCACAGGACAAACUGGAUUAAAGCGGUGCAGAUGUGCAGUAAGGCUCGGGAGUUUGCCUUGGCGCUGGCCAUCAUGGAGUGUGCCAUCAAACCAGUGGUCAUGCUGCCUGUCUGGAAAGAUGCGCUUGGACACACCAGGCUCCAUCGCAUGACCUCCAUGGAGCGGGAGGAGAAAGAGAAGGGGAAAAAGAGAGAGAAAAAACUGGAGGAUGAGGAGACUAUGCAGCAGGCCACCUGGGUGAAGUACACCAUCCCCAUCAAACACCAGGUGUGGAAGCAGAAGGGGGAGGAGUACAGAGUCACUGGGUACGGGGGCUGGAGCUGGGUCAGUAAGACUCACGUCCAUCGCUUUGUUCCCAGGCUACCAGGGAACACCAACGUCAACUACCGCAAAGCACUAGAAGCCGCUAAAACUGGCAAAGAAAAUGCUACAUCCUGCCCGAACAAACAAAAAUGUUUGCCCAAAGCACCAACAAGCUCGGAAACCCAGGCAAAAGAAGAGUCUACUCCAAUUACUGAAGAAAAAUACAAGGAGGAAACCUCCACCAUGGAGUCAUCUGAGAGCACUUCACCAGGAGAGGGGCAAACUCUGAAAGAGAAGGAAGAGAAAAAUAUCACAGAGAAGGUGGAGAAGAAGAAAGAUGAUCAGGUAGAGGAGAAGACUGAGGACAAGAUGGAUGUUGACCCCAGUCCACCAGACACCUGUCUCAGUGAGGAAAAAGGUAUAGUGGACCGCAAAUGCCCCUCGUCACUGACGGACCCUGCUGUGAAGGAGGAGCCCGGGGAGGAAGAAGAACCUAGGCAGGAGGACUCUGAGGCCAAGCCACCUGUCCGCCCCUUCAACUGGGAUGUGGUGAACGUCAGCGAGGGCUUCCAGCUCCGUACGGCCUACAAGAAGAAGGUGAAGACGUCCAAGCUCGACGGGCUGCUGGAGCGCAGAGUGAAACAGUUCACCCUGGAGGAGAAGCAGAGGCUAGAGCGCCUCAAACAGCAGUCAGCCCUGGCCAAACACACAGUCUCCAAGGAGAAAGUUAAUACAGGGACUCCCACCACCAUCAAGGCUUCUACAGCAGACAAGUUAGCAGUGACACCGUGCACUAGUCUGAAAGCUGAGGAACAAGCAGUAGUUAAAGACACAAUUGUUAAAAGGCUUGACUUUGACCAGGAGCAGCCAGUGAAAUCCCAGCCCUCAGGAGAGACAGAUAAUCUGGACGUUAGAUUAGGCUCCACCUGUAAACCCCAGGCAGCAGGAGCCACAGGCCCCAACCUCAACACCACAGGGUUGGCCAACCAUGAGAGCAGCGUUCAGGGCCAUGGUGGGGAUGCGAUAUCUCAAACGGAGCUGAAUGGAGGCUCCCAGAAAAGCAUAGACCUCAACAACAAAGUCAAUUUGACAUCUCUAGAACCGGCUUUAGGUGUGGCCAAACCUCCCAGAGCAGAAGUGACGAUAGCAGGAGAAAACGGUAGGAAGCAUGGUUAUGAGGAGACAGAGCAAGGUAAUGGACAGAGGGAGAUAGAAAGCAUGGACGUAGACCAAAGCAAACCACAUUUAGUGCAGGUGAACGGGAAAGACGCUGUUGACACCAAGGCUCCUGUAGACUCAAAGAUGCACUUAGACCUGGCCAACAAAGUGGACACCAAGGUCAUGCUCCAGACGUUAGAGGGUGAGAUCAAAACACUACCAGUGAAGGAGCCUGUAAAAUCCAUUAUGAACGGUACUCUCUCUCAGGACGGGUUAAAGGUCAACAACACUGUGUUAGCCACCAGCCCAGCCUUGGCGGACGUAGAGAGAAAGUCAGGCUCGGACACCACAACCUAUCUGCCACCUCAGAAGGUUGCCAGACUGGAGAAUAAUGGUGACAGGGUGGCAGACUCCGUCACGUCGUCACUGUUAGGGCCGCCCACUGGUGUUCCAACGGUAAGCAACAGCACCAAGUCUGAGCCAAUGGAGAUUGGGCAGACGGCAUCCAAUAAGAUCACCCCGUUUCCUAUCCCCACUGCAGAAGAGUCCAGCUUGAGUAACAACACCACAGAGAACAGCAGUAGCAGUACUGGGGUGCUGAAGACCAUCACCCAAGUCACCACAACCACUACUACCACCAUGUCAACAGAGUCUCGCACAGUGCAGAUAGCUGAGGUCUCCAGCAGCACAAAGCCUGCAGUGAUGCCUACUGCAGAGACCAGUGCUGUGUCCACCCUCACCACCAUGACCAAGACCACCGUCACCAGGGUCAGCUCCCCGGCCCUCGGGGCCGCCGUCUCCGAGGAGACCAAGACUGUUGUCACUGCAACGUUGACAGAUGUCAAAUCUGGCCCCUCAGGCUCUUCAGUCACCUCCAUGACAGUCAGUAAGGAAUACUCCACCAGAGACCGUGUCCGGCUGCUAAAGUUCUCCCGCUCCAAGAAGACCCGCUCUGGUACCGCCCUCCCCUCCUACCGCAAGUUUGUCACCAAGAGUAGCAAGAAGAGCAUCUUUGUACUGCCUAAUGAUGACCUGAAGAAGCUGGCGAGGAGAGGGGGCAUCAGAGAGGUACCCAUCUUCAACUACAACGCCAAGCCAGCCCUGGACAUCUGGCCCUAUCCCUCCCCCAGACCCACCUUUGGAAUCACGUGGAGAUACCGUCUCCAGACUGUGAAGUCUCUGGCGGGGGUCAGUCUGAUGCUGCGGCUGCUCUGGGCCUGCCUGAGGUGGGAUGACAUGGCUGUCAAGCCCUCCCCUGCUGUAGGAACCACCCGCACAGAAUCCUCGGAGACGGCGAUCACCACAACAGAGAUCAUCAAGCGGCGAGAUGUGGGGCCGCACGGCAUCCGGUCUGAAUACUGCAUCAGGAAGAUCAUCUGCCCCAUUGGCGUUACCGAAGCUCCCAAAGAAACUCCCACUCCCCAGAGGAAAGGUCUGCGCUCCAGCGCUCUGAGGCCAAAGAAGCCUGAGCCGGCCAAGCAGACUGGGCCCAUCGUCUUAGAGACGUGGGUGGCCGAGGAGGAGCUGGAGAUCUGGGAGAUCAGAGCCUUUUCAGAAAGGGUAGAGAGGGAGAAGGCCCAGGCUGCAGACCAGGCUAAGGUUAGUAGAACGCUGAAGACAGCAGAGGAGGCCAAGGCCCAAUUGGAGGCUCAGCUGAAGCACCAGAGAUUGGCUGCUCAGCAGAAACGGUUGGAGCAACAGAAGCCUGGCGCCACCACCACCACCUCCACCCCCACCAGCACCCCUACAACCUCAACCUCUGGCACUCCGGCAUCCCUGACCAGCCAGGUCACCCCGGGGACUAAACUGGUCCUGGCCACCAAGCUGGGGACACCUGUCACAUUCCAGCAGAACAAGAACUUCCAUCAGUCUUUUGCUUCCUGGGUCAAGCAGGGCCAGGGUAGUCCAGCCUCUACCUGCUCACGGGCCACCGUGCCCAACAGCAUGGUCACCACCUCUGGACAAACGUUCCAGAUCUCUGCCAGCCCGGUGACCAUGGCUGGCCAGGUCAUCACCGCCAAGCUACCCAUCCCAGCCAACAGCAAGAUUGUUACGGUCAACAUGCCAACCACACAAGGAGGUAUGGUGCAAGUCCAGCAGAAUGUCCUGGGCAUUAUUCCAUCCAGUACCCCAGGCAACCAGCGGACCUACUCCUCAUUCCAGAACCGCAACGCCACCAUCAACAUCAGACCCAACACCUCCACCUCAACCACCACUCAGCCGGUCAUUGCCACCGGAGCCCAGAUCCGUCCAGGUAUGUCGGUGAUCCGAUCGCCCCUGCAGCAGGGCACCACCAUGGGCAAAACCAUCAUCAGAACCCCCUUGAUGAUGCAACAAGGUAUUCUACCAGCCAGCCAGCAGCAGGUGGUGACUCAGAUCAUCCGGGGCCAACCUGUCUCCACAGCAGUUUCCAGUGCCAGCCCUGUACAGACCAGCGCAGGCCAGAGGAUGCUGGGUGCCGCCCCGUCCCCCCGUCCUGUCACCCCUGCCCCCGGGCAGUCCCCAUCACCAUCCACCCCCCAAGGCGGCCGACCACAGCAGGGCCAGGUCAAACUCACCCUGGCCCAGCUCACCCAGCUAACGCAGGGGGCACAGGGAGGGAACCAAGGUCUCACAGUAGUAAUCCAGGGACAGGGCCAGACCACAGGCCAGCUGCAGGUCAUCCCCCAGGGGGUGACAGUCAUCCCAGGCCCUGGGCAGCAGCUCAUGCAGGCUGCCAUGCCCAACGGCCAGGUGCAGCGCUUCCUCUUCACCCCAGGGGCAUCAGCCCCUGCCCCCACCCCCGCCACCACGGCCAGUGCUGCUGUCACCCCCGUCACAGCCACCACAACACCCUCAGUGCCAGCACUGUCUCUGCCUCCGGUUCAGACUCCCGCCACCUCUCAAGCACCGGCACCACCAGUCCAGCCUCCUCAACAGGCUAUCGCUCAUGUCCAGCCUCCUCAACAGGCUAUCGCUCAUGUCCAGCCUCCUCAACAGGCUAUCGCUCAUGUCCAGCCUCCUCAACAGGCUAUCGCUCAUGUCCAGCCUCCUCAACAGGCUAUCGCUCAUGUCCAGCCUCCUCAACAGGCUAUCGCUCAUGCCCAGCCUCCUCAACAGGCUAUCGCUCAUGCCCAGCCUCCUCAACAGGCUAUCGCUCAUGUCCAGCCUCCUCAACAGGCUAUCGCUCAUGUCCAGCCUCCUCAACAGGCUAUCGCUCAUGUCCAGCCUCCUCAACAGGCUAUCGCUCAUGUCCAGCCUCCUCAACAGGCUAUCGCUCAUGUCCAGCCUCCUCAACAGGCUAUCGCUCAUGUCCAGCCUCCUCAACAGGCUAUCGCUCAUGUCCAGCCUCCUCAACAGGCUAUCGCUCAUGUCCAGCCUCCUCAACAGGCUAUCGCUCCAGUCCAGCCUCCUCAACAGGCUAUCGCUCCAGUCCAGCCUCCUCAACAGGCUAUCGCUCCAGUCCAGCCUCCUCAACAUCCUAUCGCUGCAGUCCAGCCCCCUCAACAGGCUAUCGCUCCAGUCCAGCCUCCUCAACAGCCUAUCACUGCAGUCCAGCCCCCUGCCCUCGCUCCUGCCCCCCCUCCAGUGUCCACACAUCAGAUUCAACCCCCUCAGACUCAAGUCCACAUCCCCCUCCAGUCCCCCACUGCCUUACCCAUCCAGCAGAUAGCCCAGAUCCCAACCUCUCCACAACAGGUCCAUAUGAAGACUCUCUCGGUCUCACCCUCUGUCACCCAGGCCACAGUGAGGCCCAUCCAGGCCCAUGCUCAACUCCAGCCCCAGGUUUCGGCUCAGAUCAGGCCGCAGCAGCUGCAGCUCCACCACCAACACCAGCUGAUCACAGUGCCGGGGCUGCAGCAGCAGGUCCAGGUGCUGGGCACCAUCCAGACCCACGUGGCAGCCCAGCUCCAGGCCCAGCAGGGUGGGGCGGUGCCCCAGCAGAUCAAGCUGCAGCUGCCUAUCCAGAUCCAGCAGGCAGGAGGCCAGGGGCAGGCCCACCAGAUCCAGAACGUGGUGACCAUCCAGACGGCCAGCGUGCAGGACCACCUGCAGAGGAUCCAGCAGCUCAGAGAGCAGCAGCAGAAGAAGAAGCAGCAGGAGGCCAAAAGGGAGCAGAGCCUGCAGGCCUCCAGCCCCAGCGACAUCAUCCAGAAACAGGUGGUGAUGAAGCAGAAUGCUGUGAUAGAAAAUCUGAAACAGAGGAAGACCAUGACUCCAGCAGAGCGGGAGGAGAACCAGAGAAUAAUCGUCUGCAACCAGGUUAUGAAGUUCAUCCUGGACAAGAUCGACAAGGACGAGAAGCAGGCGGCUAAGAAGAGGAAGAAGGAGGAGUCUGUGGAGCAGAAACGCAGUAAGCAGAAUGCCACCAAGCUCUCGGCGCUGCUCUUCAAGCACAAAGAGCAGCUCAAGGCUGAGAUCCUGAAGAAGAGGGCUCUACUGGACAAGGAGCUGCAGCUGGAGGUUCAGGAGGAGCUGAGGAGGGACAUCAGCAGGCUGAGGAAGGAGAAGGAGAAGGCCCAAGUUGCAGCCUCUCAGGCAGCCGCUGCCGCAGCUGCAGCCCAGGUGGCCUCAUCCCUCUCCCCCACCAUGGCCUCGCCCUCCUCCGCCCACAAACGCAAGAGGGACGACGAGAGGGACUCGUCCUCCGCCAAGCCCAAGAAGAAGAAGAUGAUAUCCACUACCUCAAAGGAUCACAAGAAGGAAGUCAAGCUGUACUGUGUCUGUAAAACGCCCUAUGACGAGGCCAAGUUCUACAUUGGGUGCGACCUGUGCUCCAACUGGUUCCACGGUGCGUGUGUGGGCAUCACGGAGAAGGAGGCCAAGAAGAUGGACGACUACGUCUGUAACGGCUGCAAGCAGGGCCAGGACUCACAGGACUCAGAGGGCACCACGGAGGAGCUGUACUGCAUCUGCCGGACGCCAUAUGAUGAAACACAGUUUUACAUUGGCUGCGACCGUUGCCAGAACUGGUACCACGGGCGCUGUGUGGGCAUUCUGCAGAGUGAGGCCACCCACAUAGACGAGUACGUGUGCCCGCAGUGUCAAUCCACGGAGGACGCCAUGACGGUCCUCACACCGUUAACCGACAAGGACUACGAGGGUUUAAGAAGAAUCCUGCGCUCCUUACAGGCUCACAAAAUGGCGUGGCCGUUCCUUGAACCAGUAGAUCCCAACGAUGCUCCUGAUUAUUAUGGCGUUAUAAAGGAACCGAUGGACCUCUCCACAAUGGAAGACAGAUUACAGAAACGGUAUUACAACAAGCUCACUGAGUUUGUGGCGGACAUGACUAAAGUCUUUGACAACUGUCGCUACUACAACCCCAACGACUCCCCCUUCUUUCAGUGUGCCGAAGUUCUGGAGUCAUUCUUUGUACAGAAGCUCAAAGGUUUCAAAGCUAGCAGAUUGUGAUGUCAUAAGUCUGACGUUAUAGCUGGAGUCUGAGCUGGAUGCUGGGGUCUCUAGUAGUGAAUCAUGGAACUUGCUGUUUCAUAAACAGUGGAAAUUCUGUGUGAUUAUUUAAGAUUUAAAGAAAUAAACACACAAACACAAGUGUUCUGCUAUCAGUGAAUCAAACCAUGCUUAAAUGUACAUUUGCAAGUAUAGAAGCCAAAUUCCAAAGAUGCCUUCCGUGACAAUCACAAAAUGGCAGCCAUGUUGACACUUACAAAUCACGUUUUCAAGGGAUAUGAUUUUUCUCUAUUAUUUUAAACAUUUACUUAGAAAUGUUUAAAUAAGCUUCACCCAGAUAUGCAUUUUUUAAUUUCUAGUUAGUUAUUCUUGGAGAGGGAGAUAUAAAAACAACAUUUGGGACCACAUAUGUAAAGCUGUAUAUUUUAUUAUUAUAUAUUUAUCAAAUUAAGUUCCUCUCUUCCUCAUGGCCUUCUUUCAGCUAAUUUAAAUAUCAUGCAUUCGUAAUGAAUGGGUAUGAUUUUAAUAUAGUGCACAGGUUUGUAGGUAAAUAGCUUAACUACUGGUUGAUUUAUUAUUUGGAUGUUUUAAAUUUAGUGAUUCAAAAAAUAAGAUGAAUAUUGUAUGGUUUUUAAUCCUUUUGUGAAGGAUUAUUUUAUGGUUAAAACAGAGAGAGCCUAUGGUCAGAGGAAUUUAUAUAGACUUAAAAUAAUAAAUAAAAUGUCACGGCUUAACUAUAUUGGACCAAUGCCUUACUGCAUGAAGGUACCUCAGGAUGUAGACGUGAAACACCAUUUUCAUUGACUAAGUCAUUCCCAAUGAAUUAGGCCAGCAUGGCUGCGCUGUCUCCUUCCUGACCCCAUGGCAUCCAUUUUUUGUAUCACUGUUUUGUUGUUUGUUUUUUGUUCAUGUCAGUAUGUUUAAACUAUUCAUAAACAUUUUUAAAGGUUCUCAACUGUUCCCCUUUUCCACAUUCUAUAGGUCUCAUAACAACAAACUACAGACUUCGACCUCUUAGUAUAUACCACAUAUUUGAACAACAAAAAAAUGCACUGCGAGAAUUGGGUUAAAUUCUGAACAAUUAAUCCAUGUUGGGACCUGGCUCCUGUGCUUUGUCCACUCCUCUCCCUCCUCCUGGCACCACUACGCAGCCCCUAAAGGAAGACUCUCCCUCCUUCUGGCCCCACUACGCAGCCCCUAAAGACUCUCCCUGUAAGACCAGCAGCGCUGCUCCCACCGAACUGUCAGGUGGAGCUGCUGCCUGCCCACCUCUGCCACAUGGACAUUUGACAAGGGGUUAAAAUGGAGGGUUUGAAUAAAGGCAUUUCUGAAAAAGGUUACCUUGAAGAAAAUACUUUCUUUGGAGAUCUCACGUUUACUUGUUCGUUCUUCUUGAUUUGAUUCUUUGUUACCCCUCUAGCCAGUUGAAGAAAUUAAGAAAAGCUUCCAUGGCCAUGCCCAUAAAAAAUAAAAAAAACAUUUGACGCCUGUUUGAACGUUGAAAAAUGUUGAGCUGAGUUGCACUCAGUGUAUCAGAUUGCACAGUGCACUUAUGUGUGUCUAUCCCCUUUCAAUCACUUUAUUAGAGGUGGGUUGAAAGAUACAUCUCAUUGGGAAGGACUUGCUUGAGUUUGGACCUACUAGCUUUCUGGACACUAACAGUUUGAGUUUCAGUCAAGCUAUGCUGAAAGGAAUAAAGUAUUUGGUAUUAAUUGCCCAGCAGUAAUGACAUUGCUAAGGAUAAAAACACAUGUAUUUGAAGGUAUCCUGCCCUGUUUGUAAAACUUGUCAGAUUUUGAAUUUUUGUUUUUGUAUUACAGCUGAAGAGAUUGAUGUAUAUGAAACAUAAUAAAUGGAGAAGACUGAGCUCUCUUCCACAACUGAAA